GAUGACACACAAUGGGCAUCAAGGCUGAGAACACAAGAAUACUACCACUGCAGGCAUUGUCCUGAAAUUCUAAGUCACCAUUUGUCAGAAAGCAAUGACCACGCACAGCCUAAGUAUCAUAUUGAGCUCCUUCCAUUAUUCUUUUUAUUGACAGCAUGUUGGCUGCCAUCCAGUCCAUGACAGUGACCCUUAUCGUUGAAAGAACGGUUCAACAGCAAGCGAGCUGGUGAUAGUGUCCAUGAUGGCGAGACCUGAAGAGGAGAUACAAGAAGGGACAUAAACACGCUAUGUUGAGACAUUGUGUAUGUCCCUCCCUAUCCCUCGUCUCAGGGUGUUCCGCUAUGGACCUGAUGAUGAUGUUUCCUUCGGCAAACUUUACAUAUUUUUAUGUAGAAUGGACCAUUUCCGACAACGCGAAUGCGCAUGCUCAGCCUUACGUCCGCCAUCUUUGCGUGGAAAACAUCGGUAUUGUUUACUGCCGGCGCUUGCGUGGUUCUUGAUGGCAUAUGAAAUAUCUGGCGUGUGACACACGAUGCCUGAGAAGUGUUGUGUCAUCCGGUGCCGAAACAUGAAAGGAAUAAGUGUUGGUGUACGAUUUUUUCGCUUCCCCCUCGAAAAGCUUCACCGAAAGAAGCGCGAUCUGUGGAUUGCCGCUAUUGGGCGCACGAAGAAGGACGGCACGGUCUGGGAACCGGCAAAAAGCACUCGCGUGUGCGGAGAACACUUUCAGAAAGGCGAACCAUCGGCUGUACCGUCCGACCCUGACUACGUGCCAAAUGUGUUCGGAGUUCCCCAAACAUCGUCCUGCGACUUGGAAAAUCGUGCCGAAAAUGACGGCACGGGAGGAGCUCUGGCGAGAAACGCCCCUGCAAAGCACAUGGAAGGGCGCGAAAGACAGCCGUUCGGCCAUGUAACAAACCUAGAAGUCAGAGACAGUAGAGAGAACAGAGGCCAGGUGCAGGGCUUUUAUCACCAUCCUUAUGCAAGGGCGCCUUAUAACAGACUCACAAUAACACAGCAAACACCACGUCAAAAGGAAAACCUCCGCCAAAAUGCCAUGGUCACGUCUACUCCACGUGCUCCGCUUGGGCUGCUUUCUGAGUGUGACACACUCUCAUCAUUUACGUUGUCGCAACAGGACGUAUGUGAUCAAGGCGUGGUCACAUCUACUCCACAUACCUCAUCUGGGCUGCUUUCCAAGUGUUCCAUUUUUGAGUCUUCAGCGUUGUCGAAGGAAGACGUAUGCGAUCGAGAUAUGGUCACAUCCACUCCACAUACCUCACCUGGGGUGCUUUCCAAGCGUUCCAUGUUUGAGUCUUCAGCGUUGUCGAAGGAAGACGUAUGCGAUCGAGAUAUGGUCACAUCCACUCCACAUACCUCAUCUGGGGUGCUUUCCAAGCGUUCCAUUUUUGCGUCAUUGACAUUGUCGCAGGAGGAUGUAUGUGAUCAAGGGGUAUCCAGUCAUAGCACUGAUGACCAACUGUCAAACCCCAAGGAGAAGCCGUCUGCAGCGAAAGAACUAGAGGUGGAGCUCAGGAAGCAGAUCGAAUACUGGAAAUCUGAGUGCGUCAGACUGAGGAGUUGUUUGUUGCGCCUGGAUACUGUAGGCGGACAUGAUUUUCAGCAUUACACUGGGCUGCCCUCCCGCGCAGUCUUUGACUGUUUAAUGCGACAUAUUGAAAGUCAGAUGAACAAAACAUGCAAGGGCCGUUUCUCGGCCAUGUCGCAUGAAGAGUCAUUUUUUAUGGUUCUUGUACGACUACGCACUGGAAUGCCAGUGAAAGAAAUGUCUAGGAAUUUUGGAAUUUCCAUUUCGUCAUGCAGCCGUAUUUUUUCAAAAUGGAUUGUUUUUCUGCAUAGUGUCCUCAAGGACAUAACUAAAUUUCCUACCCUCCGGCAGAUCCAAAGGCAAAUGCCUCAUCAUUUCAUACACUUUCCAAACACCCGUGUUGUUAUUGACGCAACUGAGAUUCGCAUGCAGAGGCCGUCAUCACAUGAUGCACAGAGACAGACAUUUUCAAGCUAUAAACAUGGCAACACUCUCAAAGUUUUGGUAUGUGCCACGCCAGACUGUUAUGUAACCCAUAUUUCAGCAUCUUGGGGUGGAGCAGCAAGUGAUAGACAGAUGUUGGCCGAGAGCGGAAUAUUGGAGCAGCUCGUACCGGGUGACGCAGUCAUGGUCGAUAAAGGGUUUAAAAUAGACGAUAUUAUUCCAGCAGGUGUUACAGUCCACAUUCCUCCUUUUAAGGGUGCUAACAUGUGCCAGAUGUCCAAAAAGAAUAUCGAAAAUACUAGAAAAAUAGCAAGUGCGAGGGUGAACAUUGAGCGGGUAAUUCGCCGUAUUAAGGAGUUUCAUAUAUUGGACAAUGGAUACAAAGUAAAUAUGGCUGAUGUGGCAGACUCUGUCGUAGAAACAUGUGGUUACCUCAGCAACUUCAGGCACCCACUGUGAUUAUACGGUCCACGUGUGGGCAUUUGUGAACUAUGUUAUGCAUCAGGUGGUGUACUUUAGUUUUGUUACCGCCUCUAUAACAUUCCUGAGUUCGGGUUUUACGUUUUUUAUAAACCAGGGAAGUAAAAACAGUGAAAUCUGACAAUCUUGUGUGAAAAAAAAAUAGUGCACUUAUCACAUUUUAUGCGAAUGUAAGAUGCGGAAUGUAGCAUGCUCUAUUUCCGAUAUCCAUGGCUGAAUUCGCACUUGUAUGAAUUUGCACUCAUGUAUAGUAUUUAAUCUUUGACAACCCUGUAGAUUUUGCGCACAUACAUUAUGAUUUUCAUCUGCAAUAACCUUGAUCUUGUGAUUAUUCUUCGUGCUUUUACUACAACUCAGACAUUUUCUAUGGUUUUGCACCACUGAUGUGAAAUGUUUAUUAAACCAUGGGCCACACCUUCAU